AUGGACCCCAUGAGCGACUCCAAUUCGCUCCGCAGCAGCGACCUCCCCGAAAUGUUUCGACCCCCGGUGAACCGCGCGAUGCGCGUCCUCGACCGCUCGUUCUUCCGCAAGACGAUCCCGCUCUCGGCCGCGACGGUGUUUCAGAACUCGGAUAUCUCGAAGGUGCGCGGCGAGUUACACAAGAGCAAGGAUCUGCUGACGCUGCCGCGGCUCACGUCCAUCCGGGACGUGGCCGAGCAGGACGGCGGGCAGGUGAAGAAGGCGCUGCUGCUGCGCGAGGAGAUCAAGCAUGACGAGGCGGCGACGUGGUCGCCCACGAUCAACGAGUUGGUGGAGAAGGGGAAGGUCGGGCUGCGGCCGUAUGAGCUGACGCUGGACUACGAUUACUGGACGUAUGCGGACAUCAUCUCGUCGAUUCUGCCGGAGGACGAGCUGCAGGAGAUCCCGCAGGGGUUCACGCAGGUGGGGCAUGUGCUGCAUCUGAACCUGCGUGAGCAGUAUCUGCCGUACAAGCAUCUGAUUGCGGAGAUCCUCAUGGAUAAGAACAAGGCGGUGCGGACGGUGAUCAACAAGACGGAGGAUGUGGGGUCGCAGAGCCAGUUCCGCACCUUCCCGUUUGAGCUGCUGGCGGGUGAGAAUGACUUGAAUGUCGUGCAGCACGAGCAGGACUGUGAGUUCCGCUUCGACUAUGCGCGCGUGUACUGGAACAGCCGUCUGGAGACGGAGCACCGGCGGCUCGUGGAGAAGUUCAACCAGGGUGAGAUGGUGUGCGAUGUGAUGGCGGGCGUAGGCCCGUUUGCCGUGCCAGCGGGCCGCAAGAAGAUCUUUGUCUGGGCGAAUGACCUCAACCCGCAUGGGUACGAGGUCAUGCAGGACGCCGUCAAGCGGAAUAAGGUGGAGGGGUUCGUCACGCCGUUCAACAAGGACGGCCGCGAGUUCAUCCGUUGGUCUGCGCAGGAGCUGCUUGAGGCCGAACCCGUGACCAUCACGAUUCACCCCAAGGUGCGGCGGGACAAGAAGACAGGGAAGCGAGUGGAGCAGGCGCCGCCGCCCCAUCCGGAAGAGUAUCACCGGCCCCUGUUCUUCGACCACUACGUGAUGAAUCUUCCAGCGACGGCGAUUGAGUUCCUCGAUGCGUUUGCCGGAGUCUACGCGGGCAAGGAGUCGCUAUUUGCCCCGCAGACUUCUCAGCGCCUGCCCAUGGUUCAUGUGUAUUGCUUCUCGGGCCAUUCGGAGAAUGAGUUGGACGACCACAUCGACAUCUGCCAGCGCAUCUCCGAGCGAAUCGGCUACACCAUCACGCCGGAAGAUCGGGUCGGCGGCAGUGGGAACGAGAGCCUGGAGUUGUCCAUCCACAAUGUCCGACUGGUCAGUCCUAAGAAGCAGAUGUUCUGCGCUAGCUUCCGCCUGCCUGCCGAGGUUGCCUUUCGGAAAAUAUGA